AUGUCUAUCCAACCAGAGAACACUGUUAUUGUGAGCGCUGGAAACGCGAACCAGCCAUCUGCAGCCCCUGGAAAGAAGGUCCACAUUAGCUUCGCAGAAGCCCGAAAUCAGUGGUGGAGGGACAAACACACUAUUGUGGCCGUCCAGGACGCUGCAGGUGACCAACCUCAUGGGUGGAAGCAUGCACUCUUGGGAUGCUGCUGUCCCUUUAGUCUGUUUUGCGAGGCUUUCUGGUGCCCUUGUGUCGUAUUUGGUAGGACGUCCCAUCGCGUUCAUCACGAAAACAUGGACGGUUAUAAGCCCUGGAACAAUUUAUCUUGCUGGAUAUGCCUCGCCUCCAGUACCUUCUGCUGCUUCGGGAUCCCACAGACAAUCCAAUACGCCCAAGUCCGAAGAGAAUACCACCUCAAAGGCAACGGUCUAAAAGAUUGCUACACAUCCUUCUGUUGUCCCCUCCCCGGCCUCAUCCGAGCAGAGAAAGAAUCUAAGUACUCUGAAGACCAGCACGGUCAACUACCUCCCGAACCCGUAACGCUAGUCCACCAGCAACCUCCCUCCAACGGCGUCGAACUAAUGGACAUGACGCUCAAGGGCCCCUCGACGACCAAUUCACGUCGACCAACGCCAACCGGGACUAAUCCGCCAAGCACCAACAGCGCCUCGUCCGUACAGAACCCACCUACUCCUCCGGCUUCGGUUCCACCCCCAGUUUCACCCCAGGCAAGCACGCUGGACCCCUACGCAUGGCCGCCAAAGAGCCCUCCUCCGCAAACCAUUUGA